AUGCCGAGAGGAAUAAUCCGCCAUUAUAAUGUAAAAUGGAAAAACCUUCUGCUAAUCAUUCUGCUCAUGGCUGCAACCCUAACUUUACUAAAACAUAACCACAAAUACGUGUUUUUCAAUACUAGCAAUAACUUGGAGCUGACUGACAAUAACCCACAAUUCCCUGUGAACUGCACGAAGAUCUUAGGAGGCGAUGUUGAGGAAAUUCAGAAUGCUAAACUACAUUUGUUAACUGUUGAUUACAGAAAACAUCGACAUGCGCUUACUGUGGAGGACUACAUUAACAUGACAAAAGACUGUAGUUUGUUUACCAAAGAACGAAAGUACAUUCUUUAUCCUCUCAGCAAAGAGGAGAGCGAGUUCCCUAUUGCUUACUCAAUUGUUGUUCACCACAGGAUUGACAUGUUUGAGAGGCUCUUGCGCUCCAUAUACAUGCCACAGAAUUAUUAUUGCAUUCAUGUUGACCAAAAAGCUUCAACAUCAUUUCUGGAGGCUGUUAAAGCAAUUGCAUUCUGUUUUGAAAAUGUUUUUAUUGCCAGUCAACUUGAGACAGUGGUUUACGCGUCAUGGACUCGAGUGCAGGCUGACUUGAACUGCAUGAAGGAUCUACAUGCGCUUAAUGUACAGUGGAAGUUCUUAAUAAAUCUCUGCGGGUUGGACUUCCCAAUUAAAACCAACCAGGAGAUGGUGGAGAUGUUAAAAGCUUUAAAGGGGGAGAACAACCUUGAAACAGAAAAAAUGCCAUCACACAAGGAAGUAAGGUGGAGGAAACGUCACGAGAUUGUUGAUGGAUAUGUUAAAAAAACUGACAUUGAUAAAACAUUGCCACCAUUUAAUAUUCCAAUUUUUUCUGGUAGUGCUUACUUUGUUGUCACUAGAGCGUUUGUUAGCUACCUCUUGACAAAUGAGAAAACUCAGUCUUUUCUAGAAUGGUCUAAGGACACUUAUAGUCCAGAUGAAUUUUUGUGGGCUACUUUACAAAGAAUUUCAGAAGUGCCAGGUUCUGUUCCUGCCAAUAGUAAAUAUGACGUUUCUGAUAUGAACUCUAUCGCCAGGUUUGUAAAAUGGAAAUAUUUGGAAGGGGAUAUGUCAAAGGGAGCUCCAUAUCCACCUUGUAGCGGGAUUCAUGUUCGUGCUGUUUGUGUGUUUGGUGCAGGAGACUUGCAGUUCAUGCUGGGAAAACACCAUUUAUUUGCUAAUAAAUUUGAUGUUGAUGUCGACCCUACUGCCAUUCAGUGCCUAGAGGAACAUUUAAGAUACAAAGCUUUGCAUCCAGAAAGUGACAUUUGA